ACCAAAAAGAAAAAAGAGCCAAUUUUCUCUCAUUAUUGUGAUACCUGUGACCGUGGCUAUAAAAACCAGGAGAAGUAUGAUGAACAUAUUUCACAGCAUAAACAGUGCUCAGAAGAAGGUUGCAAUUUCAGCGCACAUGAGAAGAUAGUUCAGAUACACUGGAAGAACGCACAUGCACCUGGUGCUAAAAGAAUAAAAUUAGAUAGUCCAGAAGAGAUUGCUAGAUGGAGAGAAGAAAGAAAAAAAAAUUUUCCUACGUUGGCAAAUAUUGAAAGGAAGAAGGCGAUGCAGAUGCAGAAGGAAGAAAGGGGAGAAGUGCUGACUACCCAACAGUUUGGCAAAAUGAAGGGGAUGUGGAAACCUCCAGAAAAUGAAGAGAGGUUUGGGCAGCAAGGAAGACAGAGGAGAAGACAAAGGCGCCCAUUCUGGAAGAAAUUUAGGAAAAAUAGUGGCGACUGUAAUGUACGUAGAACUCAAAAUGAAGCCAAUGGACCAGAAAACAGCAUGUGUGAAAAGGAACAUGAAAAACAGCGUGCUUUGGCAGCUCAGCCAUACGUGAAGGACGUGGACCCUCUUGGUCUUCUGGCAAACAGUGAUGUUGAAUCCGACAAGGAUGAAGCAGCAGCCGAAGACGGGAGGCUGGGAUUCACUGUUGUUCCCAAGCAGGUCACCUCCGCCCUGAGUUCGUUGUUGGCCAACUACGGCAGCGCGUCUGACAGCGAGCCCGAAGAAAUCCCUGUCAAGACUGCAACAAAAGCUGAGAAAAACCAGGCUGCACUCAGAAAUACGCCUCAAACUACUUAUGUUCCUUGGAGUCGAAACCCGAAUCAAAAACGUCCACAGUAUGCAGGCACGAUGUUAAGGAGCUCGAAUUCAAACGCACGUUCCCCCAGAGGGCCUGAUAACUGGGGCAAGAAAACAUUACCUCUCCUUCCGAAGCGCCGUCCAACUCUUCUGGAAAUGUUACUGGCCCAGGACAUCCGACACGAAAGGAAUGUGAUUUUGCAGUGUGUUCGAUACCUCAUCCAAAAUAACGUGUUUGGACUUCAUUUUAAAACAGAACCACAAGCUCAAACAGAGACUGAACAGUCCUCUACAAUUACAGCAGAGUCUUUGACGGACAAACUCGAUGAAUCUAAUUGUUCUUGUAGCUCUGACCUUCAGUUAGCAGGAGGAGAAGAAGUUGCAUUAUUAAUAGCCCAGGGUGAGAAAGCACCUGUGGACCAGACUUCACAGAUGGCUCGCUUGGCAGAUGAGGACACAUGGGAAACCCCAUCAAUUCAGUGUGAAGAAGCACUGUAG